AUGUCCGAUUCCGUCUCCAAGCUAAAGCUGUUGUGCGAGCUCCUAAAAAUCAAUUGCCUUGUGAGGCACUUCCCGAAGGAGGUUCUCGGUCUACCCGAGCUCGGGUACCUCGACCUCUGGUUCAAUGACUUCGAGGGGCCUCUUCCCAUCAAGAUGUUUGAAAAGCUGCCCGACGCCAUAUUCCUCAACAGCAAAAGAGAAUUGUUUCUCGCACGGGAGAAGAAGCAAAGGUUGGGACAAGAAUGUCGAACGAUUUUGAGCGAGAAGGUGGACUGUGAAGCUACUGGAUGCAGAAUGCCCACGAGUGGGGGAGCAUCGAAGCCCAAGCCCCUAAGAAGGGCUUUGGUGGAGGCGCCAAAGUAUGAGCCGAGUCAAGAGCCUAAACCUUCGCCCCACCCAAUCAAACCUUCACCUUCACAAAAACAAAUGUCAAAUGCUUCUCAUGCGGUUGCUUUUCCGCCAACUAUUGAUGGGACCCACAAGUCGACUCCACCACAAGUUGCCCCACUGCCACCCACUCGUGUUUUCUCUCCAGCACCACUAGUCCAAUCACCGCCAUCUCUGCCACGUCCACUCUCUACCACCAUUAGUACAAUCACCUCCUCCACAACCCGUCCAUUCUUCGCCACCAUCAAUACAAUCACCUCCUCCACCACCACUCGUCCACUUUCGACCACAACUCGACCAUUCUCAACCGCCGCCAGUAAAAUCACCUCCACCUCCACCACAACAUACCCAUUCGUCUGGUGUAAGAGUACGAUGGCUCAGCAAGAUGAUGGAGCUAUUUUGCCAAAUGAGAUUGAGCUUUUGAAUGAUAAAGCAAUUAUGUGUAAAGUAUCAAAGAAGAAGGAUCAAUUUGGAUCUUAUAAGGGUCCAUUUACGGUUUCUCGCAUUACCCUUGAUCCUAUUUUGUUGGAUGAGUUUGGACCGUUGGCAAUGACUUCACAGACUGAAGUGAACAACCCUAAAAGGGCAGUAGAGGUUGAAGUGAAGGUACAGCCCAACAGCCCAAUAUGGGCUGUAGAUGAUGAAUUGAAGGUGUUUAGCCCAACAAGGGCUGUAAUUGCUGAAGGGUACAACCCAAUAAGGGCUGCAGAUGCUGAUGGGUAUAGCCCAAUAAGGGCUGUUAAUCCUAAACUGGACAGCCCAAUCAAGGAGGUAAAGGCUGAGGUUUACAGCCCAAAUAAGGCUGAUAAGGCUGAAAUGUACUGGCCACUCAUGGCUGCUAAUGGAUGCAAUGAAAAGAUAAAAAAGAGGGAGAAAACUGACCAUUUUGAAGUGGGAUCAAGUUGUUCAGAAGAGCCAAUGGGGAAGAAGAUAAAGAUGGAAGAAUUUUAA